AUGUGGGCAAGUUUGUUUUGAUUGUUUUGGUUAGGUACGAUGAAUGAAUAAUUAAGUUUUUACCCUAAAUAUGCGUCAAUUUGAGUUUUAUAAAUAACCAGAUACAGUUAUAGUAAACAAAAAUGGUGAUUAAAGAUUGGACCAAAAUAACGCCUACGCUUUCGCAGCCAGUGUUAAAUUGCAUCAAAAAGCAGGGAUUCGCAACUAUGACGCCAAUACAGGCGGCUGUGAUUCCACUUAUUCUUUCGUGCAAGGAUGUGGUGGCGGAAGCUGUUACUGGCUCUGGUAAAACUCUGGCUUUUGUGGUGCCUAUGCUGGAGUUGCUGAUGAAAAGGGCGAAGGAACAGUCUCUUAGAAAGGAUUUUGUAUAUGCUGUUAUUAUCUCACCUACCAGGGAAUUAGCACUACAAAUAUUUAAGGUAAUAGAGCAAUUUCUUGAAGAGCCGGAGCUACAGCACAUAAGCUUGUCAUUACUAGUUGGUGGGCGCAGCAUAGAGGCAGAUGCAGAGAGCAUGAAGAAAGGAGCUCAGAUAGCUGUCUGCACCCCUGGCAGGUUUCAAGACUUGUUGGCUGAAAGAAAACAACUUAAUCUUCCUGGAAGAGUUAAAGACCUGGAAUUUCUAGUCCUCGACGAAGCAGACCGCCUCCUCGACCUGGGCUUCACUGCGACUCUAAACACGAUACUACAGUACCUGCCCCGCCAGAGGCGCACCGGUUUGUUCUCCGCGACGCAGACUAAAGAACUCCAGGAUCUGGUCCGAGCCGGUUUAAGAAAUCCAGUAUUGAUCAGUGUUAAAGAAAAAGCGUCUAUAAGCACGCCUAUAGCAUUGGAGAAUUACUACGUAAUAGUUGAACCACAAGAUAAACUGCUGUUCCUAUUGAAUUUUAUAAGGAAUCGUAAAAUUUGGAAAGGCUUGUUCUUCCUGCCGACGUGCGCGUGCGUGGACUACUGGGCGCACGUGCUGCCCGCGCUGUUGCCCGACAUCACGAUAUUCGCCAUCCACGGCAAGAUGAAGCAGAAGAGAAACAAGGUGCUGGAGAGCUUCCGACUGGCUGAGAACGCGAUUCUGCUCUGCACAGAUUUAAUGGCGAGGGGGCUGGACAUCCCGGCGGUGCAGUGGGUGCUACAGUGGGAGCCGCCCAGCAGCCCCGCCGCGCUAGUGCACCGCGCAGGCCGCGCCGCGCGCGCGGGCGCCCCCGGCUGCUCGCUGCUCCCGCUGCUGCCGGCCGAGGAGGCCUACGUGCCCUUCAUCCGCGCCAACCAGCAGGUGGUGCUGCAGGACUGGGCGCUCUCGGGGGACAGGCUCGUCGUCACGGACAAGCUGAGGAACAAGGUGCUGUCGGUGCUGCACGCGCAGCAGAGGCGGGACCGGGCCGCGCUGGACAAGGGGCAGCGCGCGUUCGUGUCGCACGUGCAGGCCUACUCCAAGCACGAGUGCGGCCUGCUGCUGCGCCUGCGCGAGCUGCCGCUGGGCCACGUGGCCAGCAGCUACGGCCUGCUCAAGUUGCCGCGCAUGCCGGAGCUCACGCCCGAGCACCGCCGGCAGUUCGGCGCGCCCGCCGCCGGGGACCUCGCCUGCAUCCCCUACUGCGACAGGCAGCGGGAGGCCAGCCGCCUGCUGAAGCUCGACGAGUACAAGAAGACUGGAGUCUGGCCAUCGAAGAAGAAAAAGAAAAUCGUCCAGACAAAACCAUGGGAGCAAGCUAAACAGAAUAAACUAGAUAAACAAGACAGAAGGAAGAAACGGAAAGACUUGAAGAAGAAGAACAACGAAGAAGGUAAAGGAAAGAAGAGAAGAGCAGUAACGCAAGAGGAGUUGGACGAAUUGGCGGCGGACGUCGCAUUGAUCAAGAAGCUUAAGAAACGAAAGAUUUCCGACGAUCAGUUCGAUAAGGCUUUUAAAGUAGAUAAGUAAAUAUUUAUUGAAA